CAAGGGCUGCCUCUGAUGGGGGAUAGGAGUGUUGUCCUGGGACUCACAGUCAGGGCUGCUUCUGUGUGGAAUGCUGAUCCUUCUCUUCCCCAGUCUACCUGUGUCAGUUCCCUUCUUUUCUAUUUUCUUUUUCCUGCAGAUGUCAAGCCCUCCAACAUCCUAGUCAACUCCCGUGGGGAGAUCAAGCUCUGUGACUUUGGGGUCAGCGGGCAGCUCAUCGACUCCAUGGCCAACUCCUUCGUGGGCACAAGGUCCUACAUGUCGCCAGAAAGGCUCCAGGGGACUCAUUACUCUGUGCAGUCGGACAUCUGGAGCAUGGGACUCUCUCUGGUAGAGAUGGCGGUUGGGAGGUAUCCCAUCCCUCCUCCAGAUGCCAAGGAGCUGGAGCUGAUGUUUGGGUGCCAGGUGGAGGGAGAUGCGGCUGAGACCCCACCCAGGCCAAGGACCCCUGGGAGGCCCCUUAGCUCAUAUGGAAUGGACAGCCGACCUCCCAUGGCAAUUUUUGAGUUGUUGGAUUACAUAGUCAAUGAGCCUCCUCCAAAACUGCCCAGUGGAGUGUUCAGCCUGGAAUUUCAAGAUUUUGUGAAUAAAUGCUUAAUAAAAAACCCGGCAGAGAGAGCAGAUUUGAAGCAACUCAUGGUUCAUGCUUUUAUCAAGAGAUCUGACGCUGAGGAAGUGGAUUUUGCAGGUUGGCUCUGCUCCACCAUUGGCCUUAACCAGCCCAGCACGCCAACCCAUGCUGCUGGCGUCUAAGUGUUUGGGAAGCAGCAAAGAGCCAGUCCCCUGCCCAGUGGUUUGCCAUGUCGCUUUUGGGCCUCCUUCCCAUGCCUGUCUCUGUUCAGAUGUGCAUUUCACCUGUGACAAAGGAUGAAGAUCACAGCAUGUGCCAAGAUUCUACUCUUGUCAUUUGAAUAUUACUGUCUUUAUUCUUAUUACUAUUAUUGUUCCCCUAAGUGGAUUGGCUUUGUGCUUGGGGCUAUUUGUGUAGAUGUUGAUGAUCCAAACUCGUGCCAGGCUGAAUUACAGUGAAAUUUUGGUGACUGUGGGCAGUCAUUCUUACAAUCGCACUGCUGUUCCUGCUCCGUGACUGGCCGUCUGCCUGUGUUUUCGGGAUUCUUUGACAUUUGGUGGUACUUUUUUCUUGCUGGGCAUACUUUCUCUGAGUAGGAGGGAGCCUUGUGAGAUCCUUCACAGGCAGUGCAUGUGAAGCAUGCUUUGCUGCUAUGAAAAUGAGCAUCAGAAAGUGUACAUCCUGUUAUUUUAUUAUUAUUUGCUUUUCAUGUAGAACUCAGCAGUUUACAUCCAAAUCUAGCCAGAGCCCUUCACUGCCAUGAUAGCUGGGGCUUCACCAGUCUGUCUACUUGAUGAUCUGUAGACUUCUGGUUGUAUUUCUCUAUUUAUUUUCAGUAUACUGUGUGGGAUACUUAGUGGUAUGUCUCUUUAAGUUUUGAUUAAUGUUUCUUAAAUGGUGGAAUUAUUUUGAUUGUUACAAAUUGAUCAAGGCAUUAAAAUGUCAGAUUUAUCUUUCCCCAUAUCCAAGUACCAAUGCUGUUGUAAACAACGUGUAUAGUGCCUAAAAUUGUAUGAAAAUCCUUUUAACCAUUUUAACCUAGAUGUUUAACAAAUCUAACCUCUUAUUCUAAUAAAUAUACUAUGAAGUUAAAAAAAAAUGAACGCUA